AAACAGUUAAUUUGAAAUACGCACAUAGUUCAAAGAGUUCUAAAGUGAAGUGAAAAAAAAAAAAAACAAGAAAAAGAUGGCUAUGCAAUUAAAAACCAUUGCAACCAAAUUGUUUAAUCCAACAUUGAAUGUGGUUCGUCAUCGUUCCCGCGGAUCAAUUUUACCGACAUUUUGGGAAGACCCAUUCACACAACACAGAAGUUUGAUAAGAGAUUUUUGGAAUUCGGAUCCAUUUGAUAGUAUUUUUCCGAGUCGUUCCACGGGUUACAGAUUGCCAUACUGGGAAGGUGAUAGGUAUUUGAACACACCUAAAGACGGAUUUGAAGUGAAUUUGAACGUUCAAAAUUUCAAACCAGAAGAAGUUUCUGUGAAAGUGGCUGAAAAUAACAUCAUAAUCGAAGCGAAACACGAAGAACGCAAUGAAGAUGAAAGUUUUGUGUCGCGACAUUUCAGCAGACGUUACAGAUUGCCCGACAAUUGCAACAUCAAAGAGGUAGUUUCCACUUUAUCGGCUGAUGGAAUCUUAACAGUUCGCGCUCCACCGAAAGAAAUUGAUACCAAAAGUGCACGCACAAUUCAUAUCCAACAUACCGGCACAUCUCAUGUGGAAACCGAACCAAAGAAAACCGAUGAAAAUAAAGACGAACAAAAAAAGUAGAUAGUAGGCAUUCCGAUUUAUUGUAUUAAGGAGCAAAUAAAAAUAUUUAUUAGAUAAACAUAA